AUGUCGGUCGAAUUGUUCAAAUCAGCUCCAGACGACAUAAUUUUCAAAUGCGACUUCUGCGAAAAAAAUUUCGCAUCAAACAUUCUUCUCCGAAAACAUCGAGUGAUCCACAAUAUUCCAAGAAACAGUUUCAAAUGUGAAAAAUGCGACAAAACCUACAGUUCAAAAAGUUCGCUUGGAAAACAUCAGCGAGAACACGAAAAUGAGAAGCGGUGAGGUUUUCCAAGAAAUUCCAUAUAUAUAAUUUUUUCUCAAUUGCAGCUUCACAUGCCCAAUUUGCUCCCAACAGUUCAACUUGAGCGAACCAUUCAAAAUCCACAUGCGAAAACACGACAAUCUGAAGCCUUUCAAAUGCAGCAUCUGCUCAAAAACAUUCGCAUCUCGCGCAGUUUAUUUACGCCAUCGAAAAUCACACAAUAUUCCGAAAAUAUGA